GACCUACUUCACUUCGCUCUCCUUAUAAUUCCUCAUCAGAAAAAUAAACAAUGGAGGACAUGUACGGACUCCCCUCCUUCGCCCAACCCCAAGACUACUUCCCCAUCGACGACCUCCUCGAUUUAUCCAACGAUGAAAUCUUCUCCAACUCCUCCUCCUCUUCCUCCACCGACUCCCACCACCACCACCACCGCUACACCCCUCCUCCUCCUCCUCCCCCAGCUCACCUCUUCACUCCACCCUCCUCCUCCACCGACUUCACCAACGCCCUCUGCCUCCCGAGCGAGGAUGUGGCGGAGCUGGAGUGGCUGUCGCGCUUCGUGGACGACUCCUUCACAGACUUCCCGCCGCCGGAGCUCUCAUCAGGAUCCAUGCCCCUCCCCCAGAACGACAAGUCAUUUACCAACCGACCCCGCGCCAAGCAGGCUCGCCAAGCUGCGGAGGUCCCCGAGCCCAUUCGUCGGUGCACGCACUGCGCGUCGGAGAAGACGCCGCAGUGGCGGACGGGCCCAUUGGGCCCGAAGACGCUGUGCAAUGCCUGCGGGGUUCGCUACAAGUCGGGUCGGCUCGUGCCCGAGUACCGGCCCGCCGCGAGCCCGACGUUCGUGCUGACUCAGCAUUCGAACUCGCACCGGAAGGUGAUGGAGCUCCGCCGACAGAAGGAGGUGUCGUCGCCGCCGCAGAUGCAACCGGAGGAGGAGGAGCAGAGGAGGCGAUUCUAUCUUCACCCGAAUGGGUUCCGAGUGUGCUGACGUGUCGGCAUGUGGUGAAAUGUGAAAUUGGGGGAUAGUAAUGUUUCUUCGAAUACCUUUAUGGUUAUUUUAUCAAAGUGGCUUUAAUUUCAUUUUCCGCGUUUUAUUAAAUUUUUGCGUACAGAUGGAAAAUAAUAAAUGAAUAUUAGGAUGGGCCGGUGGGG